AUGAGCAAACCUCAAAAUGACAACAAAUAGCCUAAUUAAGGAGGUCACAGAUUUCCAAAUAAGGAGAAUAAAUACUAGUAUUAAAACAAGAACAGCGGUUCUAAUAAUAGCAACGGCAAUAAAUAAGCUAAGCAGCCUAUGAGUAGAUAGUAAAAAUACGGCAAAGAUAAGCCGAAAACAAAACUCGAAGGAAUAUAAUGUAGCUUGCUAGCAAAUUAUGCAAAUGAUAUAAUGGAUUAUUUACUCAAAAAGUAUUAUGAAUAGUUGAUACCGAUACUAAUGGGCGAAGAUCUAGUUAUUUAUUAUGACAUAACUGUUGAAGUGAAGAAAAAUCUCGAUGUUAAGUUAUCAAUGGUUCCUCCAACAAAAGAAAUAGUAGCUGAGUCAAUCCGAUAGGUUACAUCAGAGCAUUUAAACAAGUUCAUCAUACUUUUUGGGACAGUUGUUAGAACAGGGCAUGUUCACAGCAGAGAACUAUUCAAAAAGUUUUAGUGCAGACAGUGCAACUCAGAAUUUACUUGCGAAUCUGAUAUAACCGAGUUCAAUAGAUUCUAAUUGCCUUAAAGAUGUGAUGGAAAAGUCUAGACGAAAAUGAAUCCAUUCUUUAAAAUUGCGAAGACUCUUAUGAAUCAGAUUAAGUACAAGAACAAGAAAGGAGAAGUAGAAAUCAACACCUCUCAAAAUCAACCUAAUACCGAUUUAAAAACUUCUUAGUGUAAGAAUAAGGCUUUUUAGCCAGUUGAUGGGACUAGUGAGUUCUGUGAUUAUUAAGAAAUAAAGCUCUAGGAGCUAUUUAAAACUUUGAAACCGGGAUUAAUUCCCAGAUCAAUGGUGAUUAUUCUAUAAAAUACAUUAGUUGAGGUGUGUAAGCCAGGCGAUGAUGUUAUGAUUACUGGAAUACUCAUAUAAAGAUGGAAAAAUAUGCCUCCAGCUCCAGGCACUAGACCCUACAUAGAACUUGCUCUUGUAGCUAAUAAUGUUGAAGUUCUCAAUAAGAGAGAGUUUUCCAAAAGCAAUUAAAUAAAUAUGGAUACUCUAAAUGAGUUUAAGAGAUUUUGGAGAAAAUAUGAUCCAAUUGUUGGGAGAUAGAUACUACUAAGAAGUAUAUGUCCAAAUUUGUAUGAAAGAUAUGAUGUAAAACUUGGAUUACUUUUAACUUUAAUUGGAGGUGUUCCUUAAUAUUAAGAGAAAAACAAUUUCAAAGUCAGAGGUUAAAUCCAUAUGCUGAUGGUAGGAGAACCAGGUACUGGUAAAUCAUAAUUACUUUAAUGUGCAACUCAUCUAUCUUAGAGAUCUGUCUAGACAACUGGCAUAGGUACUACUUCAGCUGGAUUAACAGUAGCUUGCUUUAAGGAUGGCGCAGAAUAUAUUUUAGAAGCUGGUGCCCUAGUUUUGGCUGAUUGCGGGGUCUGCUGUAUUGACGAGUUUUCCUUGAUAAAGCCAGAGGAUAGAGCUAGUAUUCAUGAGGCUAUGGAAUAACAAAGUAUAAGUAUAGCUAAAGCAGGCAUAGUCUGCAAGAUUAACACCAGGACUACGAUAAUUGCAGCAACCAACCCAGGUAAAACUCAAAAAUGGGAUCCUAACUAUGAUUUGUAGCAGAAUACUGGAAUAAUGAGUUCUUUGCUUAGUAGAUUUGAUUUGAUAUUCAUCAUGCUUGAUGAGCAUUAAGCUGAAGAUGAUUUAUAAAAGGCUUCGUUUAUUCUAAAUAAAGCUUGCUUGCAUUAAGAAAAAGAUAGCCUUUCACAUUAAAUAUGGCCUUAAGAAAAACUCACUGAUUAUAUCAAUUUUGUAUAAAAGGUUUUUGAACCUGUUGUCACAGAAGAGGCUGAGAUUUUAUUAAAAGCGUAUUUUGCUUAUUUAAGAAUGAAUCCAAAGGUAAAUAAGGAUAGAAAAACAGUAAGAAUGCUAGAAAGUAUAAUAAGAAUGACUGAAGCUCAUGCGAGAUUAUUGAUGAAGAGUUAAGCGACUUGCUUUGACGCUAUUUGUGUAAUAAUUGUAAUGGAGCAUUCGUUAAUGACUAAUCUUUUUGGAAUGGAUGGUGUGCCUUCUGUAAUGAUUAAAUCAGUUGAGGCAUAUCAACUUAUUAAAAAUGAGCUAUGCUACAGACUUGGCCUAGAUACUGAGCGAUUUGGUGAGUAUGAUUAGUAAUUUGAACUUGAAAAGAAAUGUUAAACGCCUUCUCCAAUCAAGCGAAUAGAAGAUUCGCUAUUUAUCAAUAAUACUGCAACUAAUUUGGAUAUAAGUGCUUACGCUGGAAGUGAAUUUUCCUAUAUAUCAUAGGAUGAAUCCUCUUAGUUCUUUAGAACCAAUUCUUAAUUAUUCAAUAUAAAGGCAUCCCAGCAUCAAAAUAAGAGUGGAGUCCCUAAUAAUUUCAGUGUGAUUGGUAGAAAUAAUAUUCAAAUGCAACAACAAGUCAAUGAAAAUAGUAAUUUUAAAGAUACUCAAUUAUAAGAAGGUAAUUUGAGCAAAUGUGCUACGAAGUAUCUUGACACCACUAAUCCCAUAUUAGAAGAAAGGAGCAGUGAUAUGCUAUAACUGGAUGAAUUAGGAUCUGAUGAACUAAAUGAUUUACUUGAUGAAUAUUCUCAAUCAUUUCUUGUACAUGACAGUGAAAUCAUAAAGUAACUUGAAGAAUCAAAAUCUUAGUAAUCUCAUCUCUCCUCUUUGAAAUUAUCUGAGGAAUUAAAUUUACAAGAAUAAAGUUAAAAUCUGUAAUUAGAAGAAGAAGAAGAAAAAGCUGAUCUAAAUAUAGGUUAUCAAACCUAAGUAUAAGAUUAGCCCCAAUAGUUAUCUUCCUAAUAGAACAUAAAUUAAACAUUGACUUCUUCAUUAAAAACUAAUAUAAAGAAUAAACUACUAACUAAAUUCAAGCUAGAUUUUACAGAAUAACCUGAUUAGAAGCAAUAAAUUUUAAAUGAUAGCGCAAAGUUUAACGAAUAUUAGCACCUAAAGGAUAAAAAAUAUUCUUAAUAAAUUGCAAUCAAAGAAUUCUAAGAUGAGUACUCAUCAUAAUUGGAGAAAUUUGAGUUGGAAAAAAACUUGAUUGAUGAUGAUGGUUGGGGAUUUAAAAGUGCAAAUAAAUCUUAAAAUGAAUAUGCUAACGAAGAAGAUUAAGAAGAUAUGAAUGCUCAUAAUGAUUUUCUAUUCGAUUGA